ACAGAGGGUGCAGGAUGGUGGCGGCUGCGGCGGCGCCCGGCGGCGGCAGCAGCGGGUAGAAAAUGGCGGAUUUCGAGGCGUUGAGGGAAACAUUAGGUGUGACAUUGGGAACCUGUCAUGCCAUUUGGAAGGAAAGAAGAAUGUGCCAGCAGAAAGAAAUUCAAGUGGAUCCACAUUUCUGUACCUAAAAAGAAGUUUGAAUCCACAUCAGGUUUCGUUAGGGCUUGUAAACAAUGGAAAAAUAUGGUAUCAAGUUUUCGAGUUUCUGAACUACAAGUGUUGUUGGGCUUUGCUGGACGUAAUAAAAGUGGGCGCAAACAUGACCUCCUGAUGAGGGCACUGCAUUUAUUGAAGAGUGGCUGCAGCCCAGCAGUUCAAAUUAAAAUCCGAGAGCUUUAUAGGCGUCGGUACCCAAGGACUAUUGAAAGUCUGUCUGACUUGUCACCUAUAAAACCUUCAGUUUUCAAUUUGGAUAGUAGCUCCUCUCCUGUGGAACCUGACUUGGCUGUUGCUGGAAUCCACCCACUACCUUCUACUUCAGUCACCCCUCAAUCCCCUUCGUCGCCUGUUGGUUCUGUGCUGCUUCAAGACACUAAGCCUCACUUUGAGAUGCAGCAACCAUCACCUCCAAUUCCACCUGUCCAUCCUGAUGUUCAGCUAAAAAGCCUCCCAUUUUAUGAUGUGCUUGAUGUUCUCAUUAAACCUACAAGUUUAGUACAGAGCAGUAUUCAGAGGUUCCAAGAGAAGUUUUUUAUCUUUGCUUUAACACCUCAGCAAGUCAGAGAAAUCUGCAUUUCCAGGGACUUCUUGCCAGGGGGCAGGAGGGAUUACACAGUCCAAGUUCAGCUAAGGUUAUGCCUAGCAGAGACUAGCUGCCCUCAAGAAGAUAACUAUCCUAAUAGUUUGUGCAUUAAAGUAAAUGGGAAGUUAUUUCCAUUGCCGGGAUAUGCUCCACCACCAAAAAAUGGGAUUGAGCAGAAGCGACCUGGCCGCCCAUUGAAUAUUACAUCUCUAGUUAGAUUAUCAUCAGCAGUGCCAAACCAGAUCUCCAUUUCUUGGGCAUCUGAAAUUGGAAAGAAUUACUCCAUGUCUGUAUAUCUUGUUCGGCAGCUCACCUCAGCCAUGCUUUUGCAGAGGUUAAAAAUGAAAGGUAUCAGAAACCCAGACCAUUCCAGAGCACUAAUUAAAGAAAAGCUGACGGCUGAUCCUGAUAGCGAAAUUGCCACAACCAGUUUGCGGGUAUCUCUGAUGUGUCCUCUGGGAAAAAUGAGACUGACAAUCCCAUGCCGUGCUGUUACCUGCACACAUCUGCAAUGUUUUGAUGCUGCUCUUUACCUACAAAUGAAUGAAAAGAAGCCCACCUGGAUUUGUCCUGUCUGUGACAAAAAGGCAGCUUAUGAGAGUCUAAUAUUAGAUGGGCUCUUUAUGGAAAUCCUUAAUGAAUGUUCAGAUGUGGAUGAGAUUAAAUUCCAAGAGGAUGGUUCUUGGUGUCCUAUGAGGCCUAAGAAGGAAGCUCUGAAAGUGUCCAGUCCUCAGUGUACCAAAAUAGAAAGUUCCACUGUUGUCAGCAAACCAUGUUCUGUGACAGUGGCCAAUGAGGUAAACAAGAAGAAAGUAGAUGUUAUCGACUUGACAAGAGAAAGCUCUUCUGAUGAAGAGGAAGAUCCUCCUGCCAAAAGGAAAUGCAUAUUUAUGUCUGAAACACAAGGAAGCCCAACCAAAGGGGUUCUCAUGUAUCAGCCAUCUACCGUAAGAGUGCCCAGUGUGACCACGGUUGAUCCUGCUGCUAUUCCUCCUUCAUUAACAGACUACUCAGUACCAUUCCACCACUCACAAAUAUCCAGUAUGUCGUCAGACUUGCCAGGUUUGGAUUUUCUUUCACUAAUCCCAGUUGAUCCACAGUUAAGUCUCUUCCUUAUCGGCAUCAUUGUUUGUUUCAAGCAGUACUGUCCUCCCAUGUUUUUGGAUAGUCUCACUUCAACCUUAACAAGCAGCACCCCGGGCAAUAUCAUCACAUCUACCAGCCACCAGGAGAGCAGCACUCACGUUAGUUCUUCAAGCAGGAGCGAGACAGGAGUCAUAACCAGCAGUGGGAGCAGCAUUCCUGACAUCAUCUCAUUAGACUGAAACACUGGCAGCAAAAAAACUCUAGGAGUAAUUGCACAAAGCUGCUCGUCAUGACUGGAGAAGGAACUGCAGUGUCUUGGAAGCUAUUUUGAUAUUUAUUAAAAAGACAGAUUGAUUCUGUUGCCUUCUGAAAGUCGAGUAAAACUACAUCUACAGUAGGAACUGAAAUGAUUAGAACUUUUUUUUUUUCUUGGUCACAAAAUAUUUGGAGUAAAAAAAGACAGUCAGAACAAACGUACCCUUUGGCUUGUUCUGGGGAAACUGACUUUGUUUUGUUGUUGGAUGGAUUCCUACACAGCAAUAAUGUAAAAAACAACAACUUUUUUUAAAUAAAAAAGGCACUUAACCACUCUAGAAUGAAAACAGCAUAUGUUUAUCCUGGAUACAGGAAAAAGGUGCAGAAGUCUGCAGUGCUGAAUUCUUUCACUGCAGCCUGUAAUAAACUUCAUUUAGAAUAAUGAAGGUUUGUGAAAUAGC